GUUGGGUUUGUGCUGGAGGUACAAGAACCUUAGGUCCAUGUUAGCAAAUGGGCAUGUAUUCCUUCCUGCCAAUGUUGCGGGAGGGCCAUGGCGGGCACAGCCAUCAUGCCGGGCGAGGAAGGACGCCAGACCAGGAGAACCUCGCCGUUGGUGUCUCCUCAGCAUCGCCUCGCUUCCGCUCGUGCGGAACAGCGGCAUCGCUUCAGCUGCGGACCGAGCAGCUGGGAGGCCAAAGGAGAAUGGACCCUUCACCUUCAAGGAUUCGACACCUGUGGAGCUCCUGAAAUCUGUGAGACGAUGGAGACAGACGCAUGAGGGGGGUGGCUCCUGCAGAAGCUGUGCUGGACGCCAUUGAUGAUUUCGCUUGGCACCAGCAGUGGAUGAUGAACGUGGGCGAUGUGAAGGGUCAGAUCUUGGAUGUCGCCUUGGGGGAAGCUUUACGACUUCAUCCCUCAGGAAGCUUCACUGCACUUGAGCUGGGCACCUACUUGGGCUACUCCGCAGUGCGUGUGGCACGCCGCCUGCCGCCCACUGGAUCGCUCUACAGCGUGGAGAGCGAUCUGCAAAGCCAAACGGUGGCACGGCAGGUGUUGGAAUUGGCACAGCUCCUCGAAAGGGUCACGUUGCUUGCUGGCACCGCGGAAGCGCAAACAGCUGAGCUUCGGCGUCGGAGGCUCCAGUUUGCCUUUGUGUUUAUUGACCACAAGAAGCAGGACUAUUUGCCUGCCUUGCGACGCUUGGAGGACGCGGGGCUGCUACGGCCCAAAGCAGUCGUGGUGGCUGACAAUGUGGGGCUCAUGGAGAUCAACGACUAUGCGGAGCACGUGCGGAGUUCUGGGAGCUACUUGAGUGCUUCAGUCGCAUCAGAGGCGCUGAACGUCGGGUGGAGUACUUCACCGAAGACGAGCGGGGCCCUUUGAGUGAUGCCAUGGAGGUCUCCGUGUAUUUGGGCGAGAACUCCCAACGAGAACUCGCCGCUGACAGCUCCCAACUUGAUCCUUCCAGGCCCGAACUUUUCUUUGGGCCAGGUGCCAGCUCUGUUCAAUGCACCACCCUCGUGCGCGAGUGAGA